AUGGUGUCUCUUCUGGCGUGGUUCGCUCUCCCGUUCGUUGCCUUGACCCUCUAUCGAGGUUACACUUUUAUUCACUAUUAUCGCAUCGCACGCGCACUGGGCAUUCCCAUCAUCAUCACGCCCAUCAGUUGGCAAGAUGAUGUUUGGCUCCUCACCUGGGACAACUUCAAAUGGAUCAAGCGGCUGCCCAACUUCUUGAGCUGGUGGUUCGAGUACAGUCGCUUCUCCUGGACACAGGACCAUCGAUGGCUGCCCCACGAGAAAUACGGCGACAUCUUUGUGAUUUGUUCUCCGCUGGGGAACGAAAUCAUGGUCAACGAUCCCCAGGCCUGCUAUGACGUGCAGGCGCACUACAAGCAAUGGAUCAAGCCCCAGAGCCUCUACGACAUCUUUGAGACUUUUGGUCGAGGUGUCAUCAGUGCCAACGGCGAUGACUGGCAGCGGCAGAGGAGAAUCAUCAACCCGGCAUUCCGUGAGUCGGUCCAUACAUCCGUGUGGGACGAGUCCGUUAAACAAGCGACUCAGAUGCUCGAGGUUCGGAUGAAUCAACACGGUGGCCGGGGCACGAUUGAUGAAGUCCGCAAGGACUCGGUCCUCAUUGCGCUCCACGUGCUGUCGUCUGCGGGCUUCGGGCACACUCAUGAUUUCUCCGGAGGUCUCCGGCAGGUUCCCGAAGGGCACAAGAAGUCCUUUUCCGAGUCACUGAUGUACCUGCUCUCGAACAUACUGAUCGUAUUCCUGUUCGACAAGAUCAAGCCUCUGGCGUGGAUGCGACCGUGGAAAGCCGUGGAGAUCAAAGACACCGUCACCGAGUUCCGCGGAUACAUGAAGGAGACGGUCGCCUAUAGCCGAGCGACGACGCAAGGCGGCGGCGGAGGUCAGGCCAACGAUAUCGUCGGUGCACUCAUCGAUGCCGACGAGGCGGCAAAACGGGAAGAAAAGAUCGCACCAAACUCAGGUUAUGGGGGCAAGCCGAUGCACCUGACCGAUGACGAGCUGUAUGGGAAUCUGUACGUGUUCAACCUCGCUGGUUUUGAGACCACCGCAAAUGCUUUGACCUAUACCAUGCCAUUCCUCGCACGAAACCCGGAGAUUCAGGCAUGGGUCGGGGAGGAAAUCGACCGAGUGACCAACACAGGCUCGCAGAAAGAAUGGACCUACGAAGCUGCAUUUCCAUCUUUGGUGAGAUGUCUGGCCGUCAUGGUAAGUGAACUGAUCUUGAGCAUUCUUCAUCAACUGACACAUCACCAGUAUGAAACUCUCCGGCUCUGGGGCCCGACUCCAGACGUCUGUCGCGGGGCCGCCGGCGAAUCCCAAAUCAUCCACGUCAAUGGUCAAGAUGUCGUUGUCCCGGCCGGCGUCUACGUGUCAGCCAACUUCUACGGCGUGCACAGUGACCCCAGAUGGUGGGGGAAGGACUCGUUGGAGUGGAAUCCCAAACGCUGGAUCAGCGUCGACCCAAAGACUGGCCAGGAGUCGAUUGCCCAGACUCCCAACGGGAUCCCGUUCCUCGCCUGGAGCAUCGGACCGAGAAUCUGCCCCGGCAAGAAAUUCAGUCAGGUCGAAUUCGUGGCCGUUAUCUCGACCGUGUUGAAGUCGUAUCGCAUCAAGCCUUGGAUUAUGGGAAAGAUGACUACGGAAGAGCAGGCGCGAGAUGCACUGUUGGAGGUAGUCUACGACUCGGAGAACAUCAUCACACCGAAGAUGAGACGGCCUCAGGACGCUGGUAUUAUGUUUGUUGAACGAUGA